AUGAAAAUCCCCAUCAGCCUCAUCACAACUCUCAUAAACUCAGCUUCAGCCGCCCUCGUAACGUACUACCAGAUCCAGCCCGCAGGCACCACCGACACCCUGCAUGCGACCGGGGACCUCCGCUUCUACCAAGCCAACGACUACCUCAACGUAUGGGCCAUCGACCCCGUCGACGGCGGCGCCACCAUCAAGAACGCCUUCACCAAUAUCAAUUCGUAUAUCAGCUGUGAUGACACGGCGUGCACGUCUGUUGCUCAGCAGCCGACAACCUUCACAUUUGAGGAUGCUGGUGCGGGGGCAUAUAGGGUCUGCAACCCUGCGGAUGGACUUGUCUGGACCGCUGCGGACUCCACCAUCAAACCCGCCCCGGCCGAUGGCAGUCCAGCGCAGAAUUUUGUGUUCCAGCCGGUGCAAAUGACUGUGCCUCCUUAUUGA